UUUAUAGCGUUGUACUUCAGCCGUGUUUUGCAAACUUUCAAAAGAAUCACGUCGCAGAAUACGAUCUGGGUGCUGAGGGUCCUUCUUACCGCCGGUAGAUGGCGCCACGUCCUUUCAUUCUCAUCGACGAGAUUAAACCCUGUUUAUCGCGUCAUCAUGAUAAAAAUGGCGGCGCCCAUAGCGAACUCGUGGAAGUCGUUCGCGAGACAUAAACACUAUUUAUUAUCAAGACUGAAAAAUGUGAAUUCCGGAUUUUACCCAAGGCUCGCCUCCUCCGAGAGCAGCGAACGGGGAUUUCUGUCUUUGUUAAACCAAAGGGGGGUUUUACAGGACAUUCUCCCCGAGUCUGGCCAGUUGUCUCUGUCUCAGCUCUUGCACUCGGGUGCACAGACUGUGUACUGCGGCUUCGAUCCCACGGCCGACAGCCUGCAUAUCGGGAACCUGCUACCCGUCAUCGCCCUAAUGCACUUCCGUAACGCCGGACAUAAUGUCGUAGCAGUCAUCGGCGAAGCCACUGCCCAGAUCGGGGAUCCUUGCGGCAAGACCGUGGAACGGGACCGGCUAUCAGUCGGUGCAGUGAAGGAGAACGCCAGGGCCGUCAGAAAUUGCCUGCAACGAUUAUUCAUUCAUCAUGAACUGUGUUUCUCAAGCGAGCCCCAGAAGCUUGGAUCGGUGACGGUGCUAAACAACACCAGCUGGUACCGCGGAUGGAGCGCCGUAUCUUUCCUGUCCGAGGUGGGGAGGCACUUCCGAAUGGGGGCGCUAUUAAGCGGACACGGCGUUCAGUCUCGACUGAAGAGUGCCGAGGGCCUGAAUCUGACUGAAUUCACGUACCAGCUCCUUCAAGCCUACGACUUCUAUCACCUACAUCAGCACCAGGACUGCAGGAUCCAGGCCGGGGGAGCAGACCAGCUCGGCAACAUCGCGUCGGGACAAGAAUUCGUUCAUAAGAUGACUGGGCAGGACGUGUACGGACUCACCGUGCCGCUGGUAGCCAGCAUUGCGGGGGACAAGCUGGGGAAGACAGCAGGAAACGCACUGUGGCUGGACCGGGAGCGGACGUCGCCCUUUGAGCUGUUCCAGCACUUCCUGAGGCAGCCUGACAGCUGUGUGGAGAGGUACCUGAGGUUGUUCACAUUCCUCUCCUUGGAGGAGGUGGGACACGUGAUAGAGGAGCAGAAGCAGGACCCCGGCAAACGGUCUGCGCAGCGGCGGCUGGCGGAAGAGGUGACCAGACUCGUCCACGGCGAAGACGGUGUGGAAAGCGCCCGGAGGUGCACGGACGCCCUCUACCAUGGCAGCCUGGAGGCGCUGCAGGAAAUGAGUGAUGUGGAGCUGCAGGAGCUAUUUAGAGAGGUGCCUGUCUGUGAGCUGGUGCUGGAGCCGGGAAUCACCGUGCUGGACGUCUGCAGGAAAGCGGGGGCUGUUCCCGAUGGGCCCCGUGGGUCCCGGAUGGUGAAGGAGGGGGCAGUGUGGCUGAACCACUGCCGGGUCGCCUGUCCGGAGCAGCUGCUCAGGCAGGACAGCCACAUCUUGACCAACGGGCUGACCUUGCUUAAGGUGGGCAAGAGGAACUUCUACAUGCUUAAAUGGUUGACCUCGUAACCCUUCUUCAAAUUCUCUGUAAGAGGCAUGAUGGACCAUGUGCUUCCAGACACCUGUGAUUCGCUGAACUACUUUUGGACAGUCAGCUGACUUUAUGGCUGAGGACAAUAUUGUAGUGUAUACCAAAUAUAUUUAAGGGUUAGUAUGGCACUGUAUGCCAUACUAAAUAAUACUAAAUAAUAAUACUAAAUGAUAAAAUAAAUAAAAACAGCAAAACCACAUCAUCAGUGAUGCCAGUUAAGGCAACGUUCGGGUAUGUUUGCACUGUAUUCCAGUUGAGCAGCCCAGUGCUGCCACACAAAGACUGAACACUGUAAAACCAGUGAUGACCAAAAUCAGGUGUGUUUUACAUUGUGAUAAAAUAACUAACUUCAGAUAUGCUCAGUUUGGAAGAAAACAGUGUGAAAAUCAGAAUACCUACAACCCCCCCCCCCCCCCCCCUCAAAAAAAAAAAAAUCAGGCUAAACAUCUGUGCCUUUUUCUCAGUUCCACUGUCAGUGCAGUUGACGUGUUUUGCCUUUAGAGGGCAGAGUGGCUCAGUGGGCAUCUCUGCUGUCCCCUAGUUUCUGUGUGUGGGGUGAUCCAGUGGGAUGAUCCAGUGGGGUGAUCCAGUGUCCUGUCCACGGUGUAGCCCAGUCUUCUGCCCUAUACUACAUGGUGUAGGCUCCAGACCAGUCUGUGACUCUAUCCAAAGUACGAUUGGAAGACUGAUGGAUGGAAUAAAUAUGUAAAUACGCAGUCAAAUUUCCGUGCUACUGUUGUAAAGGCUGCUAUUGAUGUCCCCCCUGAUGACUCUCUCUGAAAUUGAAUGUUUUCAGUCCUACCACUAGGUGUCAGGAUUGGCCUUCCUUCACUUGUCAGCUUUCUUCAGUUGUCGUUCAGUAUCUCAUUUUUAAAAAAUGGACUAUAUUAAUUUGACUGCAUAAAAUGUGUGUAAACAUUGUAUAAGAUGUGUAAUUCUUUAAAAUAGAAUUUAUCAUGGGGCAAAUGUA